GUUACAAGACACAAACAUUUCUUUCAUUAGCCAAAGAUAGUGUAAUACAUUUAAGCAUCAAAGAUGACUUCAUUGAACAUGGUCACAAAGCUGAAGGGAACUGUGGUUUUGAUGAAAAAGAAUGCAUUGAACUACAAAGUUAUUGGUGGUAAUACUGUUGUUGAGAAUGAAGGUGAUACCGUUCGUCCUACCUUGUUGGACACUUCUGUGGGUUUCAAGUUGAUUAGUGCUUCCAAAGCUGAUGCUACUGGAAAAGGAAAAGUGGGAAAGGAAACGUUUAUGGAUGGUUUUGUUACUUCCAUACCAAAUUUGGGAGACAUACAAAAUGCUUUCAGUAUUCAUUUUGAAUGGGAUCCCAAUCACAUGGGAAUUCCAGGAGCUUUCUAUGUUAAGAAUUUUACGCAAGAUGAAAUCUUCCUUGUGAGUUUGACCCUUGAAGAUGUUGAAAGCCAUGAAACCACAAACUUUAUUUGCAACUCAUGGAUUUACAAUGCUGAAAAGUACCAAACUGAACGCAUUUUCUUUGCCAACAAGGCAUACCUUCUAAGGGAAACACCAGCUCCAUUACUGUACUACAGACAAGAAGAAUUGAAUACUUUAAGAGGAGAUGGAACUGGAGAGCGUAAGGAAUGGGACAGAAUAUAUGAUUAUGAUGUCUACAAUGAUUUGGGUCAACCAGACCAAAAUCCUUGCUUGUAUCGUCCAGUUCUUGGGGGAUCAACUGCCUUGCCUUACCCUCGAAGGGGAAGAACUGGCAGAAAACACCUCGAGAAAUAUCCAGAGACUGAGAGUCGGAGUAACUAUUUUUACAUUCCAAGAGAUGAAUUAAUUAUCCCUCCGAAAUCGUCAGACUUUGUUGUUAACACCAUCAAAUCAAUAUCUCAAUAUGAGACACCUCAAUUAAGAUCGCUAGUAAGAUUACAAAAUGAUCAAGUAGAGUUUAACUCCUUUGAUGACGUGCUCUCGCUUUUCGCUGGUGAACAUCCAAAGUUUUCAACACCACUAGUGAUUCAAGAGGAUCGCACUGCAUGGAUGACUGAUGAGGAAUUUGCAAGGGAGAUGAUUGCUGGUGUGAAUCCAAACGUCAUCAAAAAAGUUGGGAAUACAACCACAAUAAACAAAAAACACUUCGAGCCAUACAUGCAGGAUGGAGUCAGUGUAGAACAGACUAUCAAGGACCUUAGAUUAUACGUAGUUGAUUACCAAGAUGCAAUCUUACCAUAUUUGAGGAAAGUAAAUGCAAAUGGCGCCGCAAAGGCCUAUGCCUCAACGACCCUUCUCUCUUUGCAAGAUGAUGGAACUUUGAAGCCAAUAUCCAUUGAACUACAUGUGCCACAUCCUGCUGGUGAUGGUACUGUUACUACUAUUUACACGCCUGCAAGUGAAGGUGUUGAUGCUUCAAUUUGGCACCUUGCCAAGGCUUACGCUGUUGUGAAUGACGCAUGCUAUCACCAACUUAUCAGCCACUGGUUGAACACUCAUGCUGUUGUUGAGCCAUUCAUCAUAGCAACAAAUAGGCAUCUUAGUGUGGUUCACCCUAUUCAUAAACUUUUACUUCCACACUAUCGUAACACAAUGAACAUAAAUGCCAAUGCGCGAGAUACCUUGAUCAAAGCAGGGGGUAUUAUAGAGUCAACAUACUUGUUUGGAAGUUAUUCAAUGGAAUUGUCUUCUGAAGUUUACAAGGAUUGGGUUUUCCAAGAUCAAGGACUACCUAAUGAUCUAAUCAAAAGAGGUGUGGCUGUUAAGGAUCCAAAAUCUCCACAUGGUCUGCGUCUUCUGAUAGAGGAUUAUCCAUAUGCUGUUGAUGGACUAGAGAUAUGGGCUGCUAUUAAGUCAUGGGUUGAUGAAUAUGUCAAUUUCUACUACAAGUCAGAUAAAGAUGUUAAAGAUGAUGAGGAACUCAAAGCAUUUUGGAAAGAACUUGUAGAAGUGGGUCAUGGUGACUCGAAGACUGAUAAGUGGGUUAAAUUGGAAACUCGUACAGAGUUGAUUGAAACUUGCACCACCCUCAUAUGGAUUGCUUCAGCACUUCAUGCAGCUGUUAAUUUUGGACAAUAUCCGUACGGUGGAUACAUUGUUAACCGACCAACUAAAAGCAGAAGAUUCAUGCCUGAGAAAGGAACCCCUGAGUAUGACGAGCUUGCUAAGGAUUACGAGAAGGCUUAUUUGAGAACAAUCACACCAAAAACGGAUACCGUUGUGAACAUAUCUGUUAUGGAGCAAUUGUCAACACAUGUUUCUGAUGAGCAAUACAUUGGACACAGAAUCGAAGGUGAUCUUUGGACUUACGAUUCAGAGCCAGUAGAGGCCUUCAAGAAGUUUGGAAAGAAGUUGGCUGAAAUUGAGCAAAAGCUCAUUGAAAGGAACAACGAUGAAUCAUUGAGAAACAGGAAUGGGCCAGUGAAGAUGCCAUACACUGUGCUCUAUCCUUCAAGUGAGCCAGGAUUGACUUUCAGAGGCAUUCCCAACAGUGUCUCCAUCUAGAAAAUGUCAUGGUUGUUUUGUUGUUUCUUGCUUUGAAUAAAAGAUGAGAAGGAAUCCAUUUCCCUCAUAUUUCCCUUUGUAUGGUCAUGUUUUUAUGCAAUGUUUGUUUGAUUGUUAUCAUUUUCAUUAAUAAACACUACUAUGAUUGUACCUUUUA